AUGAGUUCAGUACGGGGAAUCACCGCGGCACUAAAUACCAAUGCAAGAUUCAAGUUCAAGGCGCCUGAAUUUUCCGUGGAUCACCUUGUGGUAGGGGGAGGCGUCGUAGGGUUAGCAAUAGCGCGCCAUCUGUGCCGCAGCCUUCCCUCGAAGACAACUUACCUCGUAGAGAGGCAUGAACGCCCAGGCGAAGAAACCAGUUCUCGAAACUCGGAAGUAAUACAUUCUGGUCUCUAUUAUCCCCCGGAUUCUCUCAAAACGCGUUUUUGCCUACGCGGCAGACAGCUGCUCUACAAUUAUUGCAAUUCCCACCACAUACCCCAUCGUAAGACCGGGAAGAUAGUCGUUGCGCAUGAUAACCAGCUACCGUACAUCGAAAACCUUCAUACCAAAGCCCGGAAUCUCAAGCCACCUCCAUAUUUCCAUGAACAUGGACCUGUCCUGCCCACCGAACUCAUUAGUGGUGACGCAGCUCGUUCCAUGGAACCGAACAUAUCUCCAGAUAUAGCAGCCGCACUCUGGUGUCCCGAGACCGGAAUCGUAGACUCUCACACGCUCAUGGAAAGUUUCGAAUCGGAUAUCACGGAUUCGGUCUAUUCUACCCAAAUCAUUCGGGUCGACCCAGUAGAAGACGGCUGGGUCGUACAGACGCUAACCGGUGAUGCACAAGAACCUGAUGCCAUUCUGGCGCAUACCCUUGUCGAUGCAGCAGGUCUCUCGGCUCCAUUCAUACUCAACUCCAUACUCCCACCCCAACAGCAUAUACCAAUGUAUUUUGCACGAGGCUCAUAUGCAUCGUAUAAUGGCCCGGGCGUCACUGGAAUCUCCCACCUCAUAUACCCAUGUCCAGAGACAGGUCCCAACGCACACGCCUUCCACUCCUUAGGCACUCAUCUUACUAUCGAUUUGCAGGGCAAAGUACGCUUUGGACCAGACCUUGAAUGGCUUUCUCCCGGACCUGAUGAAGAAGUUGACUUUUGGAGACAACAUCUCGUCCCAGAUAGCUCAAGGCUGGCAGAGAUGCACAGUGCCGUCACUCGCUACUUACCGGGGGUAUCUCUCGAGGGAAUGCAAACAGACUACGUUGGAAUCAGACCUAAAAUUGCCCCGCCAAGCAGUGGCUUCCGGGAUUUCGUGAUCAGGUCGGAUGGGAGUGCGAAAAACCCUAUGAUCAGUCUUCUGGGUAUUGAAAGCCCCGGUUUGACCAGCUGUAUGGCAUUGGCAGAAUACGUGGUAGAAGGUUUGCUCAAAAAAUAG